CCUGACAGAAACUGAGCAGCACCAGCGGCACAAACUCCAGAUCAGCCGCUCAGGGGUCCUUCACCUCAGUGGGACGUUGAUGUAGGGUUAAAAGCAGGACAGUUUGAUGCAGAUUGCGGAAGUGACCUUUUUCAGAACCUUAAGUUGCAGCUUUUGGUGGAGACGAUAGUUGUGAUAGUUGAUGUUUUAUAUGACGCGAGGAGGUGUUUGAGCAUUUGUAAUUAAAGAGGAAGUGCAGGGAGAAAAAAUGGAGGAGCACAAUAAUGUCAACUUCAUGAGACUCCUGUCAGAUGAGAGCACUCAGUCCACCGUGUCGUCGGACUCCUGUGAGUACUACCAGACAGAGAUAUUUGAUCAGCUGCCCAGCAUCCAGGCCAGCAGGCCAGAGCAGGACAGACAGGGUUCAUGGGAGACAUGCGAGGCCUACCAGGGCGGCCCAGAAGCAGGGGAGAGGAUCAGCCAUGGCCACCUGUCCAGAGACAAGGCAUCUACACAGCCACUCAGGAACCUGGUCAUGUGUAUUCAAGGGAAGAGAGACGCCAGGGACAGGAGGAAGAUGCAAAUCAGCAGUAUUGGUUUUUGGGAGUCCUGGAGGCGGAGCCAGAGCAUCAACAGAAAGAGGGUUUGGGCGCAGAUGAGAGGAUUUCUAUCAGGCCUGUUGCCAUGGCAGCAAAAACUCCGUGCCAUCGAAGGCAGGUUUGGAGUUGGUGUGAAGUCGUACUUUGUGUUCCUCAGAUAUCUGGUUUACCUGAACUUUCUUCACUGUGCUCUCAUCUCGGGUUUUAUUCUGGGGCCUACGGCAUUUUAUGGCCGGAGCAACAGCAGUGAACCUUUGAAGUUUGGAGGCAAUGACUCUGUUUUGGAUUUCUUCCUGGGAUCGGGCUACCUGGAUCGUUCCCCAGUCUUCUAUGGUUUUUAUACUCGUGGUUCCCUGAAUUUGAUGUGCCUGAAUACGCCUCUGCUGUACCUCGCUGGAGUCCUCAUCAUCCUCUUCAUCAGUCUCAUCAUGGUGGUCCGUCGGACGACGGUUGGCUACAAGCACACCUGGAUGCUCGGGAAGCGUUACAGUAUGAACGUGAGCUAUAAAAUCUUCUGUGGUUGGGACUUCACCAUCCAGGACCCUGCUGCUGCUACUCUCAAACACAGCUUCAUCAGAAACGAUCUCAAGCUGUUCCUGGAGGAGCAGAAUUUCUCCCUGCGUGAGUCUCAGAGGACGCUCAGACAGAGGGUGCGUCUCUACCUGCUCAGGUUUGUCCUCAACCUGCUCGUUCUGUCUCUGCUGGGUGGAGCCUUCUACCUCAUCUACUUCGCCACCAAAACAUCAGAUUACAAGAAUGGUUACUGGUUGGUCAGUCUGGUGCUCCAGUACCUCCCUCCCAUCACCAUCACCUUUGUCAACCUUGUCCUCCCCCACAUCUUCCAUAAGAUCUCAUCUUUUGAAGACUACUCUUUCACCAUGCAGGUCAAUGCAACACUUGUGAGGAGCAUCUUCUUGAAGCUGGCCUCACUGGCGAUCUACUUAUUUUUCCUCUUCACAACAACAGAACGUCAGCAGAAUCCUUCCCAUUGCAGGGAGAACAGGAUUGGUCGAGAGAUGUACAAGCUGUGUAUCUUCAACUUCCUCGCAACUUUCUGCAACGCCUUUCUCAUGAACUACCCCAGGAAGCUGGUGCAGGAGAAGUAUCCUUUAUCGUUGCUGGCCCGGUUGUCAGGGAAACAGCGCUUCCUGAUCCCUUUCAAUGUGUUGGAUCUGGUGUAUGGUCAAACAGUGUCCUGGGUGGGAGUCUACUACUGCCCUCUGCUGCCUCUGAUAGGAACUGUCACACUGAUGGCCACCUUCUACAUCAAAAAGUUCACAGUCCUGCGGUGCUGUGUGGCAGAGCAGAGGAUGUUUCGUGCCUCCAGCUCAUCCGUUUUAUUCCACUUCAUGUUGCUGCUUGGCCUCUUCAUGGCUGCAGCCGCACUGGGCUUCAACCUCUACCAGCAAGAAGCUGCACUGAACAAAAACAUUUCCUCCUGUGGUCCUUUUGGAAAUGGAGAAACUCUGUUUAACGUGACAGGAGUGUGUAUGAACAGUCUGCCAGGCGCCGCACAGACCACUCUCCGCUACCUGGCCUCUGAGGCCUUUGCCCUGCCGCUCAUACUGGCUGAGAUUAUAAUCUUAACCUCAUAUGUGUCACGGGGACGAGCCAAUCAGAAGGCCAUCGAGAGACUCAAAGACAUGCUGGUUAUGAGCAGCUCAGAUAAGCGUUUCCUGGUGAAACAGCACGCCACGAUGCUCAGACGUCAGAGAAACCCCCUCAGAGUGCGUUCUGCACCCAUCAAAGAAGGCCCCCCUCCACCACUGGAAAGACCACCCCUCCACGGAUGCAAACUGAUUAGAGUCCUCAAGCUGUCAGGCCCGUUCAUCCACAGACACUUGAAAAUAAAGCCUAGCUUUGGCUGA